AAGUAUCUGAUGUGUACAGACAACCCACCGAUACGUUAUCGUCGACACGUUAAACUCGUUAUGCUUCACCUAUCAUACAACUUUUAAAAUGAUAAUACAUUACAUGAAUAAUUAGGCAAAUUUAAUGCAGAUUGUUUUUUCUCCAGUAAGCUUUUGUUCUUAAUUACUUGUUUAUGCUCUUUGCGGUGUUAAAUGAACUUAAAUUGUGACGCACUUGGAGCAGCGUUUACGUUGUGAUUUGAAAAGCGUGCAUUUUUUUUAUAUAAUUUUUAUGGAGAUUCGAACGACCAGUGUUAACAGAUGUUGCAUCAAGUCAAUAAACACAUGAUCUGAAGUUUCAUACAUUUGGUAAAAUUAUCAUAGAACGAUAUGCGCCGUCUAACAACAUUGUUGGUUUGCACGUGUGUGUGGAUCACGUGCAUUAAUGUAAGACUUAUCCUUGCAUUCAAGGAAUAUCAUAGCUGCCAGAAUGUGAAAGACGACAUUGGUUCAAGCGCAGUCGACGGGGAGUAUGUUGUGUUUUUACCAUGGAAACAGACCGUGGGCAUUUCGGUGUACUGUUAUAAUUUACAGACGCCAAACCCACGUGCUUUCAUAACUCUAAACUCGGGAAGAACAUCCAACUUCGCGACCUUUUAUGACAAUGUUGGUUCGCCUACGGCUUGCGCGGACAAGUACCCAAAUGAGAUGGCGACGCAGCGGGGCCGCACGGAGUUCUCCCGGAUAUCAGUCAGGCUCGAUACGCUCACUUUAGACACUGGCGACUUCACGUUUGCAAGCACGACGGGACAUAACAAUAUUCGGUAUGGCGAGGCGGGGGACCAAUACGCGGGCUCAGCGGAAUGUGCGCCAAUGGGAACCUUCCAGAUCGACCUCUCUGGUACCCCGUUCACUGUGCGGGCCGGGACACAGUGGAGCUGGUCUGGCUCCUUCGUGCGAGGCAACGUGUCGCAGGGACAAGCGGUCGUUGAUGACGACAGCUUCGUGGGUUGCUAUGCGGACAAAUGGGAGCGCGUGCUGCCGUCUUACAAAAUCUCUCUUGACAACAUGACCAUCGAGUACUGCAAGUCAAUUUGUCUCGGAAGAGGGCAGGGGUUCUUUGGCGUGGAGUACCAUUCUGAGUGUUUCUGUGGCGACGACAAGCAGCGCGUGGCGAACUCUCGGCGGGCCGCCGACUCCAUGUGCAACUAUCCAUGUGCCGGAAACAAGAACCAGUCUUGCGGCGGACUGUGGUACAUAAGUGUUUACAAAACAGUAUCCCAGAGGAUCACUGGCAGAUGUGGCGGGUACCCGGGCAGGUGCGCCCCCUCGACGACGCUCGCGCUGGACAUCGUGCAUCACACGUGCCUCGCCAGCAACCCUUGUUUACACGAAGGUCGUUGCAUAGCAACCUCGUCCACCGGAUACAAGUGCAUGUGUUACCCGGGUUACACGGGAGACAACUGUGAGAUCGUCAACAAGACGAUUGUGGACGACGGAAGGACGUGUCCGUCUGGGUACCAGGCCGAGACCUGCAUGUGCUUUGAGACAAGCUGUAAUGGCGCCAUGUUCCAAGGCGACGUUUGCACGGCCGCUACAGGGCGCUCGCAGGUCACGUGUCGCCCCGGUAACCCCGCCCACGUGGUCCUGUACAACAAGCAGGCGACAGGCUGGGUGCAGUGUCCUCCAGGGGCGCAGAUUGUCGGCUGCUCCUACUGGGCGAAUCAACCUUUGACCGCAUUUCAAGGUCAAGGCGUGGUAGAUCAUGAGGGUAAAUGUCGGAUACCAAACGCUGAUGCUACAGUAACUGUACAAGCCCGAUGCAAAGAGUUCGUGUGCGGCUGUGAGAACGGCGGCCACUGUAACAGCGUGACCGGAAGGUGCGAGUGUCCGCAGGGUUACUAUGGCGAAAAGUGUGAGACCUUCGACUUUUGUAGCUACUACGAGGAUAUUAACAACAACACCGCGCCUUGCAGCGCCACAGGUGUUUGCACGCCUGUCUACAAGUACACCGUGACUGCUAGUGGUGGAGACAAGGCGGGAGACAGGUGCGUGUUCCCCUUUGACUGGACAGACUACACGUAUAACUCGUGCGUCGAGGAUAACCUGGUUGGCCCACCGUUCGCGUGCGCCGGAGAGUUCGCGCUUGCAGACGACGUAAAAGACGCUCCGACGUAUAUCGACCUUGGUCCCUGGUCCCCCGGGCCGCGGUACACCGUGGCCGCGUGGGUCAGCCCCUGGCGCAUUGACACCAUGAGACAGACAAUAGUGGGCGGGGCAUCGAAUUGCAACGAUUUCGGGUUCAACUUCAAUUCCGGAACGUUCCGGGGUUACCUGAAGCUUUCCACGGAGUGCACACGUGAUCUCGAUACCGGGCCCACACUGGCUACGAUCGGCACGUGGUACAUGGUCGCCAUUACCAGCAACGCUUCGCAUGCGUCCAUAUUUGUGAAUGGCGAUCUAAUAGAUACGAAUACCGUGCUGCUGAAUCAUAUCCCAACCACUGCCGGGUUCUGGAUAGGGGCCGCCGUCUGCUGUUCAGACGACUACUUCCGGGGUCUUAUCAAGACUGUCAAGGUAUGGAACCACGAUUUGUCAGCAGAGGAUAUUAACGAGUCCAUGUACAACACCGGAAUGGCCAACUCUACCAACGAGGCCAUGUACAACGGUCUGGUUGGACACUGGGAGCUAGGGGACACCGUCAUGCCUCCCUGCACCGGGAACGGCGUCGUCGACCACAGCGGCGUUGACUGGAUCCUCAGGGACCAUGACAUCAUUUCUGGUAUCCACUGCAACAUCAGCCGGUUUGUCGUGCCCGAGGGGGUGACGGUGGUCGUAGCAAGGUAUAACGGUAACGGUACAGGAGGCGUACUGGACGUCACCGCCCUGGAGGCACAAAUAGACGGCUAUAUCGACGCCGUCGGAGCGGGAUAUAGAGGUGGUUCAACGCCACAGGCACCAGGCGAAGGCGGGGUACAAGGGGAGUCUUAUACAGGCAUGGGUUUUCAGAACAUCCCGGAGAACAGAGGCGGGGGCGGUGGGGGUAUAGGCGGCAAUCAUAUGACCGACGGCUCCGGGCGCUCUGGUGGUGGCGGCGGAUACGGUACCCCUGGGGCAAAUGGCGUCAAGGCUGCUGGCGACAGGACGGGUCUUGGAGCCGGCGGCGUUAUGUACGGGGAUCCGGAUGUCAGCCGCUGGUACAUGGGGUCCGGGGGAGGCAGCGGUGGUAACGCCAAGGAUCUGUCGGUGAACCCUGUCGGUGGGCGUGGUGGAAAUGGAGGCGGGAUGGUUCGUAUAUACGCAGAGCGCUCAAUCAUCGUCACCGGGGUCAUUUCUGUGGCUGGCGCGGCGGGCAAUGGAGAUACACCCAAAGGCGUAGGCUGCAUAAGUUGCCCUGAUGCCUGUGACCUUACCAGCCCGGUUCGUUGCCUUGGUAACAGCACGACGGCCUGCUGGGAUAUGUCCGGCCCGGGGGGUGGAGGCAGUGGCGGCACUAUAUAUCUGUCCGCCAAACUGGUGAACGUUGGUUUUCAGAAGCUUUGGGCUAUGGGCGGCUCGGGCGGUACAGGGGGAGGCAGCUGUGGCGGCGACGGUGGCCUGGGGCGUAUCCGGGUGGACUCUGUUAUCUUGAAGGGCAUCGUCAGCGACAAUCACGCGGCGGUGAAACUCAGCACGAAUCAGUCGCAGUUUAUUGAUCUCAGUCAGCAUGGCCAGAAGCAGAUCAACUACAUGAAGACCGAGUUUGGGAACGAGGUGUACCGGGGCUGCUUCCGCGACGACAACAACAAUCGCACCCUCGGCGUUGCAAUCCCGUCCACUGCAGUCACUCUCGGCAAGAUGACUCCGGACUUCUGUAAACAGGCGUGCAGACAGCGUAACUACAUGUUCUCCGGGACGGUGGAAGGGCGGCUGUGUUUCUGUGACAACCACCUCGACAUGAGUCGGAAGGCCGACGAUGGGGAUUGUGAUACGUCGUGUUCGGGGAAUCCCCUAUGGAAGUGUGGCGGGACGCAGCGCGUGCAGGUGUUCGGGCCGCCACCGUCGUCGCCGGCCGUCGGGAAAAAUGUCAUCUCGCGUUGUCGUCCCUGGUGCGUCACGGCGGACGCCGACACCACUAACCCCAAGUGGGGCCAAUGUGAGCUUGGGGGCCACCAGGCGGCGGGAAUCUCCAGCUGGGACGUACGGUGUGACUGUCCCCCGGGCAAGAUCGGGCCCGGAUGUGACCAGCUUUGCCCCUCGUGGACAUAUGGUAACGGUUGUCGUAGAAACUGCACAUGUAACCAGAAUACGACCUCAUUCUGUAACCCUAGCAACGGGCAGUGUGUGUGCCAACCUGGUUACCAAGGAAGCCGAUGUGAAUCGCAAUGCCCGUCCGGAAAAUAUGGAAAGGAUUGCACGUCGACAUGCCAAUGUGCCGCUCAAUCACUGUGUGAUCCGGCAGAUGGGACUUGCUCAUGCCAGCCUGGGUUUUACGGCCCCAACUGCGCUUUCCCUUGCGAGAAAGGCAGGUUUGGCGCGAAUUGCUCGCAGUCUUGCGCCUCGUGCAACCAUGGCACGUGCUCGCCCGUUGACGGUCUGUGCGAAUGCUUUCCGGGAUUCAAACUGCCAUAUUGCGCCGAGAUGUGCGAUCCUACAAACUUCGGGCAAGACUGCGGACAGGAGUGCAAAUGUAACGGGCAGCCGUGCAACCCGAUUUCCGGUCGCUGCAUGUGCGGACCUGGUUACCUUGGAUACAGCUGUGAGACGCAAUGCCCAGUAGGUCUAUGUGGGCAGGGUUGUCUGACGAACUGCUCCUGUCAGCAAGGUUUCGGGUGUGAUCCUGUAGGCUGUUUCUGCAACUGCGGACCCGGCUUUGUGGGUCAAUUCUGCGAAAUUAGCUGCCCAGCACAGUCUCGAUCGUUUGGGCAAAGCUGCCAGUUUACAUCAAAUUGCGUUCCAAACAACACCGCUUCGAUCAACGUUACCACGGGUGCAUGUACGUGCAAAAAUGGUUUCUAUGGGAACAAGUGCGAUGUCCCGUGCUUAACCGGUUUAUAUGGAUACAACUGUUCGCAGACUUGCACGUGCAGAAACGGGGCUACGUGCAACCCGGUUGAUGGAACCUGCGCAUGCGCACCUGGAUUUACCGGAAAUGAUUGCUCACAGACGUGUCCGUCCAAUUUCUAUGGUAACAAGUGUCAGACGCGCUGUCCCUCCCAGUGCGGGGGUUCUUGCCAUUUUGUCGACGGAUCAUGUAAUUGUCAGAACGGGACCCCGUGUAACUGUCCCUUAAAUUCCGCCGAAAGAACCUCAAAAUGUUUGUCGACGUGCGGGUGUCUCAAUGGUGUCUGCGAGGACAACCAGUCUUGCACGUGCAAAUGGGGCUGGAAUGGUGCCAAGUGUGAUUCACCAUGUCCGCCAUUGACGUUUGGCGCGAACUGUGCCGGUCAGUGCAGUUGUACGUUUGGGAGCUGCAAUCCCACUACUGGUGCAUGUUUAUGCGCAAGCGGAUAUACGGGACUGAGGUGCGACCAGCCGUGCACUAACAACACUUUCGGACCAAACUGUGAAUUCAAAUGCCCGGAUUGCGGAAUUUUUUCGCUACCCGGAUGUGACUUUGUAACUGGCGCAUGCGCAUGCAAUACCGGAUAUACCGGGCCUCUAUGCAGACGACCAUGUCCAACAAACACAUACGGCGAUGGAUGUUCUAAAACAUGCAAUUGCCAGAACAAUGGGGUGUGUGACAACGUGUCCGGGAAAUGCUCAUGUCCGCCGGGAUUCACGGGCGAGACGUGUCAGUCCGUGUGUCCCGUCGGUUAUUACGGGGACAAGUGUGCGAAACAGUGCAGCUGUGGUCCCUAUGGCGCCGGAUGUACCUCAGAUGAGGGGCUGUGCAUGUGCCAACCGGGGUUUACUGGCGUUAAAUGCCGCGAGAGCUGUCCAGCCGGAAUGUAUGGAGCUAACUGCACGUCUACCUGUCCGUGCGAUACUACGACGUCAAUGUGCAGUCCGGUGGACGGAACCUGUAUGUGUAAUUCCGGCUUUACUGGAGCCGCGUGCCAAAGUGUCUGUCCUCGAGGAUUCUGGGGCCGGAACUGCUCGCAGCAAUGUCAGUGUUCCGGAAGUGGAAAUUGUGACCCGUUCUCGGGCCAGUGCAACUGCCAGGCGGGGUACAAAGGGUCCAGAUGCGAAUUACAAUGUGACCAGGAUAUUUACUGGGGCCAAAACUGUGCCAACCUGUGCUCCUGUAACGGCGCCCACUGCGACCACCGAGACGGAACCUGCAGGUGUCCGCCUGGCAAGAUGGGGCAUCAAUGCGAAAUGGGUUGUCAGAGGAACUACUUUGGGUACCUAUGCGCACAACCUUGCUCAUGCAAAAACGACGCCGUGUGUGACCCGGUCACUGGCGCGUGCAGGUGUCAGCCGGGAUGGGCCGGGAACCAAUGUGACCAAACAUGCCCUAAUGGUUACUUCGGCGCCGACUGUGCCCAGGUGUGUCAAAACUGCUACAACGAUGGCACUUGUGACUCGUUCAGUGGCACGUGCUUGUGCGCCCCGGACUUCACGGGUUCCCAGUGUAACACCUCCCUGACCCUGGCGGUAGGGUCGCCACAGAAACUGCAGCAACAAGGCAGCCAGUCAGGCGUGAAUAUGUCCUCGGGCCAUUUUGCGGGCAUGCUGGUUGGUAUAUCAAUACUGUUCGUCAUCGGUAUCGUAGCAACAGUAUUUAUUACCCGGAAAUUCGCGGAGGGAAGAUUUGGGAGUAAUCCCGGGGCCCAGAAAUUCAGUGAAGAAAUACUCGCGACGCACAUGCCCACAGGGACCGGUUUCGUGAAUCCCGUGCACCAUGGAUACGACGAUGUUGCCAUGGAAACUAGGAGCACUAGAUCAGACGCCACCAGCGGGGUUCACUCCGCGAAGAUGGACUCAGAUGAGGACGAGGAAGAUGAUAACAAUGGCUUCUUUAAAGACAGCGAUUCUUGAAAGACCAAUUCGAUUAAGCGACGCGUCUUAUCUGCUCAUUUAUUUUCAUAAAAUGAUAUUAGCGUACACUGAUGUUUUAUUUAAAAAGAGAUAAUCGUUUUUGUGUACGUGGUGCUUAUAUUGUGCUUACUUUGUUUGUUUUAGGGAAUAGUUUUUCCUUAUUUUACAUGUAUAAUACAAAAUGUAUACAUAAGUAGGAUUUAAAGCGACUUAAUCACUUUGCAGUUGCAGAAACGUAGGUCAUGUUAGUAAAAGUUCAAUCAUACAUUUGAUAUCAAUAUUUCCAACCAUUUUCCGUAAAAUAUACUAUUUUGAACUGUUUUAUGUAUCAGCCUCACUUAGCCCAGGGACCUAUAGUAUACGUCAUUGCUUAGCCUCAUGUAUGCAUUUUAUUAAGACACACGCAGCAAGAAUUAAACGCAUCCGAAAAGCAGCCAAUCAUUUUGUGUUAUUGAAUACAAACUGCAUUGUACAUAUAUCCGCAUCUUUUAGUAUAUAAUUGAACACUUCACUAUGGGUUUUACUAAUAACGCUUUUUUGUUAUUCCCCGCCGAAAGACUGAGGGACAUAGAAAUUGUAGCGUCAAUUCAUCUGUUUGAGCGUCCGUCAGAGACAGUCUUUUGUGCGUUAUUUGUACGCAGUUCACAUAUAAGGGAUUCAGUAUACUUGGGUAAAAAUAAUCAGUGUUUAAUCUUCUUAAUUUUUUUGGUUAACAAUUUCUCCGAGAUACGUGUGAGAAAAUCGUUGAAAGUCAUUUUAUUCUGUUAAAAUUGCCAAAUACACGUGUGAGAAAAUCGUUGAAAGUCAUUUUAUUCUGUUAAAAUUGCCAGAUACACGUGUGAGAAAAUCGUUGAAAGUCAUUUUAUUCUGUUAAAAUUGCCAGAUACACGUGUGAGAAAAUCGUUGAAAGUCAUUUUAUUCUGUUAAACUUGCCAGAUACACGUUUGAGAAAAUCGUUGACAGUUAUUUUAUUCUGUUUAAAUUGUCAGAUACACGUGUGAGAACAUCUUUGAAAGUCAUUUUAUUCUGUUUAAAUUGCCAAUCAACUUAAGCAAAUACACACCUUUUUCAGGGGAAUCUAUUUUUAAGGAACACGUAUUUUUUUGUUUUAAUACGUGUAUUCUGUUGAAUAAUUGACAAAUAAAAAUCAUUUUUUCCAUAGAUCGUGCAUGUACGAAUGAAAUGCGCGGUAUUUGUUAAAUAAGCCUUAUUUGAAAUGUUUCCGUCUAGUUAAAUAAUAUUCCAGUAAAAAUAUGAUGUAAGCUGAUGUUCGUGUAUUUAUUAAUUUUAACUCGACGUUUUGAAGAAAAGGCGAGCAAUUUUCUGUACCAUAACACAUACAUAAACGUAGACAAUAAACGUUUACAAAGUC